CUCCACACCUGACUAUAAAGAGCUGAUUUUGAUUAUAUUCAUGACGGAAACAGUCCACGCUUCGGUAAAUACAAGUAGUUCCCGUUAAUUUCGCAGGAAUAAUGACGCACCGAUUAAUCUGGAUGAACUUGACUAGUCAAAGUUCUAACAACGACAGAGGCUUUACUGGUAAUGAAACUGAGUAUGGAGUGUCGGUGACAUCCACUGCUGUUGCUGUACUGGACAGCAAGCUCAUGCAGAUCUUCUUCCCAGUGGUGUACAUCAUCGUCUUCAGUGUGGGCUUGCCAACCAACGCUAUGGCCAUCUGGGUCUUCCUCUUCAGGACAAAGAAGAAACAUGCCUCAUCCAUUUUCAUGGCCAACCUCGCACUGGCCGACCUGCUGUUCGUAAUCUGGAUUCCCCUAAAGAUCGCGUACCAUUUUAAUGGGAAUAACUGGAUCUACGGAGAAGCCCUGUGCAAAGUCCUGGUUGCCUUUUUCUAUGGGAACAUGUAUUGUUCGACUGCUUUCAUUGCAUGUAUUAGUGUCCAGAGGUACUGGGCCAUAGUACAUCCUCUUUCCCAGCAGAAAAGGAACAACAAAUUGGCAACUGGUGUUGCUGUGUGUGUGUGGCUGGUUGUGUGGGUCAUUACCGUGCCUCUUUAUCUUUAUGACCAGACCGUGAUGGUCACCAACAUGGAUAUUGUUACCUGCCAUGACGUCACUCGCCCCAGCCAGUCACGCUACCCUUCUAUCUACUUCCUGAUUAUGGGAGUUGUUGGAUUCAUAGUUCCCUGCAUAGUAUGUAUAGUAGCCUACGUGCAGAUGCUACGUGCCCUGAAGAGCUCGAUGACAGAUGCUGAUAUCAUUCAGAAGCGAAGGAAGGCUGUCAUCCUCAUCGUCACGGUGCUGGUGAUGUUCCUAGUGUGUUUUACCCCAAGUAACAUCAUGGUUAUGGUGCAUUACUCCCUGCUUUCUAUGGGAGUACAGGACAGCGGUUACGGCUUCUAUGUUACAAUGCUAUGCCUGGCCAGCCUCAACAGCUGCGUCGAUCCAUUCAUAUAUUAUUUUGUUUCAGAUGAGUUCAGAGAGCAUGUAAGAAACACGUUUCUUUGCCGCAGCGAACGCACAGCGCAGAGGAUGCGGGUUUCUUUCAGUGCACUGAAGUAUUCAAAAAGCAGUACCUACACAUCAGAGUCUGGAAACACGCAGAGCAGUUCCUACUAAGAAUGACAGCUGGAGAACUGUUUUACAAAUCUGUGCUAUGCUCUGGUGCUCUACAAUACCUCUUGAAACCAUAUAAGCACUUGUUAUUUUAUUAUUAAAUGUUGUAAGGGCUGGAGGAACACGUUUCUGAAAGAUGAGUUAUUGUCGACUUUUAACGUGUAAUUCAGUCAACGAUUAAAUAUCUUUUUUUCAUAAUCUCACAUAAAUGCUUUUUUUAUUUAUCUUGUUAAAUAUGGGAAUUACAUCCAUAUUUGAAGAUCUUAAGACCUUAAAAGGGCAUCCAAGGAUUCUCACUUUUUGGAACUACAAAUUGGCCUCCUGUUUGAAAUGGUCACCAUGGAAAUGAUAAAGAGUUGUUAUUAUUGUGUUGCCAUUACGUCAUUAGUUACAGGUUGCCUCAUUUUGGGUUUAAAGACCUGAAAAUUAUUUUGCCUGUUUGGUAUAGUGGCAUUUCUCAGAAUUGCCUUUCAAAUGACCUUUAAUCCUGUUAGGUGGAAGUAGACUAGAAGUUGACUGAAUAACUGAAGCUGUAAUAUAUUUUAAGCACCUGUUACAGAAACCAUUUUGCAUUUAUUCCUGUUUACAUAAAAGUAUUUUUAAAAGAAUGUGAAAUGUUAUGUGAAUCACACCAGUGACCAAUUUUAGAUGUGUGAAUGUAUUCCCAGCAAACAUAACCUCGUUCAAAUGUGUUCUAACGCACUAAAUGCUGGAAUGGUAGUCUCAUUUUUAUGCAUAGUCUUAUAAAUGCUGUUUUCUUUUUGCACUCCCAUGCCUCACUUAGUUUCAAAGCACAUGUAUAGGUUUUAAUGUUGUUUUAUCUGUGAUGUAUAUUUUGUAUUUGUCUCUUUUUUUUUUUUUUUUAAGAAUUGUCUUAAUUUAUCAACAAAUUUGUCUCUCGCCCAUGUCUGCCUAUGAUUUGCUGUGUGUAUGUGGCCUUGUUUUCUAAAUGAGACAGACCGCGGGUAGAACAUGACUGAAGUCCACAAGGCAACUUUUUAACUAGCCAAAUCAUAAAAUUGAUUUGCAGUUGUUUGACACACACACACACACACCAUUUACAGUUCAUUGUCCUUUUUAAAUUACUGUUCACUGA